AUGCCGGCUCAGUACCAUGGGCCCGGCACAGCGGCCACAGCGGUCCGCGGGGCCGCGGAAAGUCCCAGGCGCAGGAUGGGUUUCUUCGAUGAUCCCAGUUAUGACAUCGACUUGGAGAAACAUCCCGAGAUGCCUGCGGAACUCUUGGUCUCGGAGAUAGGGCACAGCCUCCGCUUCAAGGGCCAUUGCGUGUUGAAGCUGGGCAUGGAUGAGGAUGCCCUGGACCAGGCCACAGUGAUUUACUAG